AUGGACAUUGAUGAUGUUCAGUGGUGGCUUCAGGAGUUGCAUGCAGUUUUAGACAAUCCUAGUGACGAAAAAAUGCCCCUCAGGCUAUUGCACAAGUCAUUCAGCGAUUUCCUUAUUGGACAAGAAGGCCCCGGAGCGAAUAGAUACGGCAUAGAUCCGGGAAACAUACAUGCUAUGCUAACGUUGAGGUGCAUACAACGUAUGCGACUGGGUCUUCGGCGAGACAUUUGUGGCAUCAAAAGCACAGGGAAGGCCAAAGAUGAGAUCGAUGAGCGGGUUAUAGAAAGUCGUAUACCUGCAGACCUGAAAUAUGCCUGUUGCUAUUGGAUUCAUCAUCUACAGCACAGCGGACCCAUGGACAAUGCCGUUUCCAUAUUUCUCACUGAACACUUUCUCCAUUGGAUAGAAGCCCUUUCGCUUCUAGGGAGGUUGUCAGAUGGUGGAAUUGCCAUCAAAAGACUACUCAAAACGCUGCAGAGUGUCCCCGACACUUCCCUAGAACUUAUAGACUUAGUCAAGGAUACUAGCAGAUUCAUCUCAACUUUUGGACCCAUCAUCGGACGUGUUCCUCUGCAAGUAUACGCCGCAUCGCUCUUGUUCUCCCCAAUUUCGAGCAAGGUGCGGUUGAGGUACUGGCAUGAACAACUGCCAAGAAUUGCGGGUAUUCAUGGUGUGAAAGAAGAUUGGGAUAUGAACCAGCAAACACUUGAGGGCCACAACGACUGGGUUCGAGAUGUCACCUUUUCUCCAGAUAGCCAGCUGAUAGCAUCGGCAUCCUAUGAUGGGACAGUUCGGCUGUGGGACUCUACCACAAGCGGGCAUCGGGGCACUCUCAAGGGCCAUGGCUAUCCAGUUAAGGGGGUCGCAUUCUCUCCGGACGGCAAGCUGAUAGCCACAGCAUCAUACGACAGCACAGUAAAGCUCUGGGACAUGAAUGGCGUAUGUCGGCAUACGCUUGAGGGUCAUACCUCCUCGGUCAACGCAGUUGUCUUCUCACCUGAUAGCCAGCUAGUGCUCUCGGCAUCAGGGGAUAAAACUGUGCACAUUUGGAGCACCAAUGGAAUCCACCAAAAGACAAUUGAAGGUCACGAUAAGGCGGUUACCGCAAUAGCUGUCUCACCAGAUGGCAAGCUGAUAGCUUCGGGCUCAAUCGACAAGACAGUACGCCUGUGGGACAUGGAAGGUAAUCACCGGCAUACAUUUGAAGGUUAUCCUGCACCUGUCAGCAGUGUUGCAUUCUCACCCGAUGGUACACUACUAGCAUCAGGGUCUGGCGACAGGAUGGUUCGAUUAUGUGAGUUGGAUGGCACAAACCUACGAAGACUAGAAGGACAUGGCGGCUCCGCCAACACAGUCAAGUUUUCGCCAGAUGGUUCGCUCCUAGCGUCAGGUUCCACAGAUCGCUGUAUCCGGCUUUGGGACGUAGCAAGUGGCUUCCAUGUAUCAACAAUCCAGGGCCAUACCGAUUCAAUCAACUCAGUCGCCUUUUCACCCGAUGGCCAACUUUUAGCAUCAGCUGCAAACGACGGUUCGGUGCGAGUGUGGUAUAUGUAUCGAGACACAUAUCAGCCAACCGUCGAGGGUCACAACGACAAGAUCAACGUUCUCACACUUUCAGCCGAUCGUAAACUCCUCGUGUCAGCCUCAGAAGAUGGCACAGUCCGUCUUGGCGAUGCUCUCGAUAAUACGCACUUGCAAAUGUUCACAGGCCAUCAAGGACCAGUUCUAACAGUGGCCUUGUCGCCUGAUGGCCUGUUCUUAGCAACAUCUUCAGCGGACUACACACUUAAUGUCUGGGACAUAACAAGGGGUGAGUUUCUUUAUUCACUUAGGGUUGGCAACUGGAUGAGGGCGAUUGCCUUUUCCCCCGACAACAAACUCCUAGCAUCAGGAUCGGAUGAUGGAAUCUUUCAAAUUUGGGACAUAAUGACAGGUGCUGCUCACAGCUAUUUUAAAGAUGAGGAGUACGUAGUCAGGGCUAUUUCAUUCUCAAACGACACCCGUCUACUCGUAUCAGCGGCAGAGGAAAUGGGGGAGAGGCCAGAAGAGAGGGUGCUUCGUAUCUGGGACACAAAGACAGGCGCGCCCACGUGGACGAUUCAAAGUGGAAAACAAAGUUCCAUCGGAGCGGUCGCCUUCUCUAACGACGAUCGGCUGGUAGCAGCAGCAUCGGAGACUGAAAUUCGCCUUUGGGAUGUGACAGAAAGAGUGCAGUACGCAACGCUUAACAUUGGCUCAGUACGGAGCCUUGUUUUUGAUCCAAAGAUUGAGACAAGACUGCACACAGACUUAGGAACUUUUGAUUUCUUCAAGCCUGUCCAGUUGGAUAUGGUUCCUUAUUCUGAGAGCUUGGAGUAUAAUGCAGCGUUUGGGGGGCUUAGAUUGAGCUCAGACAGGACCUGGAUCAUGAAAGGUGGCGAGAAGAUUAUUUGGCUUCCCCCGGAUUACCGACCUACUGCAUCCGCCGUGAGGGAAUCCACAAUCUACAUUGGUUGUGCUUCCGGUCGUAUAGUAUGGUUUGAGGAUGGUGAGCUCUACUGA